UGCCGCUGCUGCAGUCUCCCGGCACACCAGAAGGUGGCCUUGCCAGCUCUGUCCCCCACGAUGCAGAUGGGCACCAUUGCGCGCUGGGAAAAGAAGGAGGGUGACAAGAUUGGUGAAGGGGAGCUCAUAGCAGAGGUGGAAACAGACAAAGCAACAGUUGGCUUUGAGAGCCUGGAGGAAUGCUACUUGGCCAAGAUCCUGGUGCCAGAAGGAACAAGAGAUGUUCCUAUUGGGGCCAUAAUAUGUAUCACAGUAGAGAAGCCUGAGUAUGUUGAUGCCUUUAAAAAUUAUACUCUGGAUUCUGCAGCGUCUGCCCCCUUUGCAGCCUCAGUGCCUCCCCCUCAAGCUGCAGCUCCCUCACCACCAACUCAGCCUUCUCCUCAGGCUCCUGGCAGCUCUUAUCCUCCUCAUAUGCAGGUCACUCUUCCUGCCCUGUCACCUACCAUGACAAUGGGCACAGUGCAGAGAUGGGAGAAGAAGGUUGGGGAGAAACUGAAUGAGGGAGACUUACUGGCAGAAAUUGAGACAGAUAAGGCCACAAUAGGCUUUGAAGUGCAGGAGGAAGGCUACUUGGCAAAAAUCUUGGUGCCUGAAGGAACAAGAGAUGUGCCAUUAGGAACAGCUCUCUGCAUCAUUGUGGAGAAAGAGUCUGAUAUUCCUGCCUUUGCUGACUACCAAGACACUGCAGUAACUGACAUGAAGGCACAAGCUCCUCCUCCUCCUCCUCCUCCUCCUCCUCCUCCACCAGUGGUGGCAACUCCUGCUGCUACUCCUCCUCCCCAGCCUGCUGUUCCUUCUACUCCAGCAGUCCCCACAGCUGGACCACCUCCCCGGAAAGGAAGGAUCCUGGUUAGUCCCCUGGCAAAGAAAAUGGCAGCAGAAAAAGGAAUUGACCUUACUCAAGUGAAAGGUACUGGACCAGAUGGUAGAAUCACAAAGAAAGAUGUGGAGUCAUUUGUUCCACCAAAGGUUGCACCA